AUGGCCGGUGAGGUGACGAAGCGCGCAGAGAUGUCAAGGUUUGGUAGUCGAGCUCUUCGGCGGUGGGAUGACGAGGAUGAAUCUUAUGUUAACGAUCUAUUGAUCAUUGCCGGUCUUCUUGAGGGCUCGAAGAGAAACAAGCGGAAGAAAAAGUUCCAUGGAUCGUUGCCAGGUCGCCACAACGUGCCAAGGGACAUUCUGGGAGGUCACCAGCGCAUCUACCUGGACUACUUCGUUGACCAGUGUGUAUACAAUGAGAAACAUUUCAGAAGGAGGUUUCGGAUGUACAAGUCUCUCUUUCUACGGAUAGUCGCUGCAAUUGAGGCGCAUGACGACUACUUCCGUCAGAAGCCUGAUGCCGUUGGAAGUUUUGGUGCCUCUGCAUUACAGAAGGUCGUUGCUGCCUUUCGGAUGCUGGCCUACGGUAUUCCAGCUGACUUCCAGGACAUCAUCGAGUGUUUGAAACGUUUUGUGAAAGCUGUUGUCGAAGUCUUUGGUGAAGAAUACUUGAGGGCCCCCAAUGCCCAGGACAUAUCCAGGUUGCUGGCAAUUAAUAAUGCAAGAGGGUUCCUAGGAAUGCUUGGUUCAAUUGAUUGCAUGCACUGA